UCUCUGCUGCUUUUCAACUGCUGCAGAAUCGAAGGCAAAAGCUCCAUUCAUUUCUUGGUACUGUAUUAGUCUGUUGUUUCAACCUGAAGCCAGGUUUCGAUUGUUACAGGCUGGAAAUAUCCAACUACUUUAAUGGUUAGUAACUCAGCUCCUGAGCCUCUUCACGAUGCAGCAUCUCAUGAGUAGUGGUGGUUCCUCUCAUGAUUCUGGAACCAUUGAAGACCAACAGCUCUGUUCUAAGGAAGGUCAGGACUGUGAAGACCCAAGAGAAUACUGCUACGUUGUGGAUCUCCCCAGGUGGUUACCAUCCCGUCCAGAUUGGGGACACUUUCAACAGAAGAUAUCAGGUGGUGUCUAAACUGGGCUGGGGCUUCUUUGCCACGGUAUGGCUCUGCAUAGACCUCAGGUCAGGUCGGCGAGUUGCUGUUAAGGUGCUGAAGAGCGGAGCAGAGUUUACCCAGGCAGGACAAGAUGAACUGACUCUCCUACGAUACUCCAGUGGCCCUGUUAGUCGCCACCCUUACAGCCAAAGGGUUGUUCAGCUGCUGGAUGAAUUCAAGCUUGCUGGAGUCAAUGGUGUCCACAUGUGCCUGGUUCUGGAGCUGCUGGGACUCAACCUCAGGAGCUGGCAACUCUGUUUUGGAAAUCCAGGCCUGUUGCAGCCUUGGGUUAAACAAAUACUCACUCAGGUUCUCCAAGGCUUGGACUACCUUCACACUCGCUGUAAAAUCAUUCACACAGACAUCAAACCAGAUAACAUCCUGCUGCACCUAAAGGAGCAGACCCAUGUUUCACCACCAGGGGGCAGCAGUUUCCUCUCUGUACCAGCUGUAAAGGAAACCGAGAACACAGAGACAGAACAAGUGAACCCGUACAGAUUAAAGGAAAUUUCAGUAAAGAUUGCUGAUUUGGGAAGCUCCUGUUGGGUGUACAAGCAUUUUUGUGAGGAGAUCCAGACCCGUCAGUAUCGCUCUUUAGAGGUUCUGCUUGGUUCUGACUAUGGUCCGCCAGCUGACAUCUGGAGUGUGGCUUGCAUGGCCUUUGAGUUGGUCACUGGAGAUUCAUUGUUCCAUCCCAAAGCCAGCGAGUUCAUUUCCCUGGAGGAAGACCAUAUCUCCCAGAUCAUUGAGCUCCUCGGCAAAAUUCCACCAGAUGUUGCCCUGUCGGGUAAAUAUUCAGCUGAAUACUUCAACCGCAAAGGUGAUCUCCGUCAUGUAGGUCCAUUGAAGCCCUGGAGACUUUAUGAUGUUCUAGUUGAGAAAUAUAACUUCCUUUUAGGGGAGGCCUCUGAAUUCUCAGAUUUCCUUCUCCCUAUGUUGGAUUAUCACUCUGAGAGACGGGUGACUGCUGCACAGUGCCUUCAACACCCAUGGUUGACCUCCGUUUGACCUUCUAAAGAGCCUGCAGGCCUAAAGACCUUGGAAAGUUCUUGCAGCCACAUGCUUUCAGAUGCAAGACCUUGACAGCUUCAGGGCAUCUUUGAAUUUUAAUAUUCUGGGAAUUCCUGUUACAUUUGUUUAGCAUCAGAAAGAGGAUCUUUUCCACUUGACCUUUAUAAGAAAUUUAGGCAUUUUUCCUUUUUUUUUCUUGAUUCCCCCUGAGUUUUUUCGUCAGACCUUUGGUAUAAAGCUUUAUGGCUUUUGUCUAAACACUGGAACCUUAACUGUCCAGAUUAGCAAAAAUAUUCAGCAGUUCAUUUAUUUGUUUCUUUUCUGACUGUUUUUUUGACAAAUGUUUAGCAUUUAGGUAAUGUUUUUAAA